GCACCCCUCCCUCUCCCGCCGGCCUUCGCGUCCCAGAAUCCAAGAUGGCGGGGUCCAGGGGAAGGGGUCCCCGGGCCGGAAUGAGGCCGCUUUUCUGCGCUCUGCUGCUGUCUCUCAGCCGCUUCGUCGGGAGCGAUGGCACGGGAGGCGACGCCGCGACGCCCGGCGCCGCAGGCCCCCUGGCUGACCAGCCGCACCGCCGAUUUGAGUACAAAUACAGCUUUAAGGGGCCGCACCUGGUGCAGAGCGACGGGACCGUGCCCUUCUGGGCCCACGCGGGGAAUGCUAUUCCAAGUUCAGAUCAAAUUCGAAUAGCACCGUCAUUAAAAAGCCAAAGAGGAUCAGUGUGGACAAAGACGAAAGCGGCCUUCGAGAACUGGGAAGUGGAAGUGACAUUUCGAGUGACUGGAAGAGGUCGAAUUGGAGCUGAUGGCCUAGCAAUUUGGUAUACAGAAAAUCAAGGCUUGGAGGGCCCUGUGUUUGGAUCCGCUGAUAUGUGGAAUGGUGUUGGAAUAUUUUUUGAUUCUUUUGACAAUGAUGGAAAGAAAAACAAUCCUUCUGUAGUAGUUAUAGGCAACAAUGGACAAAUUAAUUAUGACCAUCAAAAUGAUGGUGCCACUCAAGCUUUAGCAAGUUGUCAGAGGGACUUUCGUAAUAAACCCUAUCCUGUUCGGGCAAAGAUUACAUAUUACCAGAAAACAUUGACAGUUCUCAUCAAUAAUGGCUUUACACCAGAUAAAAAUGAUUAUGAAUUUUGUGCCAAAGUAGAAAAUAUGAUUAUCCCCACACAAGGGCAUUUUGGAAUCUCUGCUGCAACAGGAGGUCUUGCAGAUGACCAUGAUGUUCUUUCUUUCCUGACUUUCCAAUUGACCGAGCCUGGAAAAGAGCUGCCUACGCCAGAUAAAGAAAUUUCAGAAAAAGAAAAGGAAAAGUAUCAGGAGGAAUUUGAACACUUUCAACAAGAGCUGGACAAAAAAAAGGAAGAAUUCCAGAAGGGCCACCCUGACCUCCAAGGGCAGCCAGCGGAUGAUAUAUUUGAGAGCAUAGGCGAUCGGGAACUAAGACAAGUCUUUGAAGGACAGAAUCGUAUUCAUCUUGAAAUCAAGCAGCUGAAUCGACAGUUGGAUAUGAUCCUUGAGGAACAGAGGAGAUAUGUCUCUUCCCUGACAGAGGAGAUCUCCAAGAGAGGAGCAGGGAGCCCAGGGCAGCCUGGGCAGAUCUCUCAACAGGAACUGGAUACUGUUGUGAAAACCCAGCAUGAGAUUCUGAGACAAGUCAAUGAAAUGAAGAACUCCAUGAGUGAAACUGUCAGAAUGGUCAGUGGCAUACAACACCCUGGCUCUGCAGGAGUCUAUGAGACAACUCAGCACUUCAUGGACAUCAAGGAGCACCUGCACGUAGUAAAGAGGGACAUAGAUAGCUUGGUGCAGCGCAACAUGCCAUCCAAUGAAAAACCAAAAUGCCCAGAACUACCACCAUUUCCAUCAUGUUUAUCCACGAUCCACUUUGUCAUAUUUGUAGUGGUACAGACAGUGUUGUUCAUUGGCUAUAUCAUGUACAGGACACAGCAAGAAGCAGCUGCCAAAAAAUUCUUUUGACCAUCAUUUCCAUAUAUGUACGUCAUGUAUGUAUGUACAAAACGUUGUCUUUUUGAGGGAAUUUAGUAUUUAAAUUGCUUCUUAGUCUUAAGUUAUUAAAUUUUGUAUAAAACAACUGUUUCAAACAUUGGUUUUUCAGUAAAAAUAAACCUUAAAGACAGCCACAUGUAAGUUUGUUCAUAGUACAUACAUGUGUUUAAAUCUUAGUGAGUUUCAGGUAGGCAGGAUGCAGCCACUGAACAGAAUGUUGACAAGUCAAGGGGUAAAGAAAUAGGGGUACCCCUGGAUCUAUCCUCUAGGUCUCUUGUAUUGGGGGCUUCUUUGUCACAUAAACAUACCUUUACUCUUCCAGAAUAUGAGGUCUAACAGGAGCAUCCCAUCAUUUGUGUUUUGUAGCCAAAACAAUGUUUAGAAGUGAAACUUUGCUAAUCUUAAGAGAGGGUUCUGCAGUCUUCAGUCCUAACAGAGUUCUCUCUGGGAUCACUUUUUUUUUUCAGAAGCAUCCCAAAUUGGGGGGCGGGGGGGACCUACAAGCUACAAGCAAACAAACAAACCUUUAUUUUAAUACUUUAAAAUUAAAAAACAAUCAUAACCUUCCAAUUCUGAUUCCACUACUCUUUGUGGCCUGAGGAUUUGCAUUAGCCCCUCUCCUUGCCUCCCUGAUUCCCCUUGGAACUGAGCAUCUAAGGACAAGGAGCUGGCCACUGUCAAAGGUGACUGUCCCAGGUUCCCUCUGCCAGCCACUCUGGUUUUCCCUGGGAGAAGGCAGAAGGAGAGCACCCAGGAGAGGCACCUGUAUUACAGCGACAGGAGCCUCACGAAUGAGUGAGGGGCUCUGGAGAAUCUGGGCAGUGGGAUCAAUACUUUGUCUGAGAGCUUCAACUGGAGUUACAAGGCUUCAGAACAGUUAGUGAAUGUUUUUCCCCUCUGAUUAUCAAUUCUGUAUUUCACUUUUAAAGUGAAAUUUUGGUAGAAAACUAAACUGCUUUUUGUCUUAAAAAUAAUUAAGGUAAAAUAAUUCCAGUGGCAGUGACUUUAAUGGGUAUUUGCCUGGUAAUGUCUUCAUUUCAUGGGGCCCAUAGUCUUGAAUAGCUUCAUUCCAACCAUGUCAGAUCAGUAUUUCAAAGAUAAUUUUUAUGCUUUCAAUUUAAGGAAUUUCUCCCAUUUUGUCCAAUAUGUUAUUCGGCUCCAGUUGCAUGCUCUGAAGAUGCUCUAAAUUCACAAAACCACCUCUACAUCCUGGUUUGUAUCACUCUGUGUAACCCAAGGUCUGUGACAACUUGCAAACUCUCAGUCAAGGAGGCUGGCACAGAAGCAGUUCUAAGAGAUUUUAAAUUUUAAAGUAAAUACUUAGGAUCUCUCCUUUAAAUCCAGAAAUCAGCAUGCUGUGAGGCAGCCUGUUGGUGAACUUAACCAGGAAGAUUUGCUCGUCUUUGUCUUUAUACAGUGUCUUAGAGAAGCCACCUGGGAAUGACAUUUAAAGUGCAGGUUUCAUUUUUGUCUUCACAGCUGGUAUAGACUUGCUGGCUUCAAAAUAUUUUAUCUGAAGUGAUGGUCCCUUGUUUGCCAUAAGAUCCAGAACAGUACUGUUUUGUAAGAAUUAUUAUUGAAUUGUUCUAAACCUUCGUAAGUUUUCUCUCAAAUGUCAUUUGCAGCUGGGGCUAACAACCUAGAGUCUGUAGAAAGACUCUUACGAAGAACCUCUACAUGAUGGCACUGCCUGAGUGGUACUGUGCGCGCGACUCACGUGGCUUUUCACACCGGCAUUUAUCCUAGAAUGCUGAAAGACAGUGUGCUCACAGUGACUCUCCACCUCACCCUGCAGCAUAGACAGUGCUUCUCACAUUCUCCUUUGUAGAGUUAACGUUUUGAAACUCAGGUUCCAGAAACAUCAUCUUACAGAAUUUAUUCAUAUUCCAUGAAAAAAAAAAAAAAAAAAACAAUAAAACCCUUCAGAAGAAUGUUUUCAGUUGUAGACUAUGAAACUGAGGAAAUCCUCUUGCAGUGAAAGGCUGCCAGUGUGACAAAGUCCAUGGUCACAUGUGCCUGAACAAUAAAGGAAUCUCUGAUCAGGCUCCAAUCCAAGGAGAAUGGCUUCAUCCUUCCUAAAGCAGUUGCAGAAGGCUGUUGUCAGAGAGCACAAGCAGAACCUCUUUUCUUUUUACCUGUUAAUUAAAAAUCAUUUGGCAAAGUAGUUCAUAGGCUAUGGGAUAUCUCUUUAUUCUUUGAAUCUUGUUUUUCUCAAAAUCAUUAAUUCUUAGUGACUUAUUUUUGAACAAAAGUGUUUGCUCUGUUGAAAAAAAAAAAUCACUGCCAGAAUUCUUCCAUUUCUGUACUAUUUUGUCUAACAAAUAAUUCACUUCUCACACCAGCAAGUAUUUUCCAGGUGCCUUGAAUUAAAACAAAAUUUAUUUUAACUUUUUAAUGUAAGUCAUUAUUUAUUAUGGCACUUUUAAAAGAAAAAUGCAAUUAUAUAAUUGCUGAUAUGCAUAUUUAAUAUGCUAUUUGUGUUCUGAUUGUUUUAAUGUUUUAUUUAGCUUAAAACUUCACCACAAAUUCACAAACAAUAACCAGUGUUUGUCAUGUUUGAAGGUUAUCAAUGUUUCUCAGUCCAGGACCAUCCAGUUUAUGAAAUGCUUAUUAAGAAUCAAUUCCAAGGCCCCAUUCCAGGCCAUCUGCAUCAGAUCUCAGGAGGGAGCUUCACACUAUCAGAGUUCAAUAAGCACUGCUGAUUCUUAGCACACUGAUGACUAAGGAGUGAAAAAAAAAGUAUUUAAUGGGUAUUUUGUUGACUUAAAGUGAAC